AUGUAUACCGUGUCGAGAAACCUCAAUGAGCGGGAAGGCUUUGGCGACCUCACAUGGCCUUUUAUUCGAGGUGCUUUGACGUUAGUUGGUAUCCGGUCGCGAUGCUAUGAGAUACCAGUAGCAGGGACGAAGGAGAGGAAGAAUUAUGGGCGGGAUCUUUCGGCAGAGACUGAGGAGCAGGCAUCUAUGGCUGAUGGCGUUGCUCUCUUUGAAGAUCAUCAGAUCUAUAUAGCAGAGGCGUCACUCAUUCACGAGCCCAAGCAAGACAAGGAGUUCAAGGACAAGUUUAAAGUAGUGCGUUGUAUGCGGGACUCGUGGAACUGUCAGAUCCGAUCCAUCGCCCGAGAGUCUGUCCCUUCUAAGGAUCUUUCCGUUUUUGGCUCCACAUCAUUUGAAGACGAGACUAAAUUUUAUGCGAUGGAUUUUAUUGGCACGUACAGGCUCAGGGAAGUUGGGAGGAUGCUUGUGCCGCUGAGAAAGUCGCACUUUGCAACGAGGAUGGAGACCUGUGUCAAGACCUGUUUGAAGUUCGCGCUUGACCUGGAAGAAGAGACCAUUCGACGUACUCAUCUGGUGCCGACCGACCAAGACUUGCGAGCUGCCUGUGACAUGAUUGAGCAGACAAGGACAACACCGACAAAGGAGGCUAAAAGAAGACGAGUUAGCGGCGUUUUUCAUUAG